GUGUGCGUUCAAAAUAACUCUGCGCCUUUAAGGGAGCUUUGCAUUCCAACAAGUGGAGAGUGAGCGCGAGCGUUUGCGUUGGCCAACACUUCCACUGAUUGUUGCCAAUGCGCCCUGCGCGCGUGCAGUACUACGCUGCUUAGAGGAGUGAGGUGAACUCUCCCUUUCAGAGCAGCCGCACAGGUGCAUUCGGGAGGCAGGGAUCGAAGACGCCUUUUCUUUUCUAAAACAACAACAACAACUAAUUGUCGGACCAGUUGCGUAAAACGGAGCGACACUGCGAGCCGCGGAAACAGGUGCGCUGCACGCACUCUUUAUUUGACGGAGCCCUUAAGUCAUGCGCGCUUAUUGAUGAAAAGUUAAUUCACGCUUACUAAGACACAGACAACGGGAGAACCUGCACCUGAUAGAGCGCGCGCUUCGCUGCUCAUUAGUUACUCGUUGCACGUUCGCACGGGGAAUAAGCGAUCAUAAUGUCGAGGAAAAAAGCGGUCAACGGAAAGGUGGGUUCAAAUGCACCGAGCUCAUCUCCGAACAGCGAUAAAGAGAAGGGUAAGAAAGUCCCGACCCAGUCCAACGGAGUGGUGCAUCCCAGCAGACCCUCUCUCAGCAGCAGCGGGGAAUUCUACGACAUCACCUUCAAGGUAAUGCUGGUUGGUGACUCUGGGGUGGGGAAAACUUGUCUGCUGGUUCGCUUUAAAGACGGAGCGUUUCUGGCUGGGAGCUUCAUCUCAACAGUCGGUAUAGACUUCAGGAAUAAGGUGAUGAGCAUUGAUGGUGUGAGAGUUAAACUACAGAUCUGGGACACGGCGGGACAGGAGAGAUUCAGGAGUGUGACGCACGCCUACUACCGAGACGCUCACGCUCUUUUGCUGCUGUACGAUGUGACAAAUAAAGCGUCUUUUGACAGCAUACAGCAGCAAAGAGAGUGUUAUGAGCCUCCUGGUGCAGCCUUGAAGCAGGUGGUCUGUAAGAUUGCACGCUGCAGUCACAUAACGCUCACUUGGUAUUCAUCUCUUCCUCAUCUGGCUCCCUCGCUCUUGCUCUGGGCUCCUGGAUCUUGUGUUGUGAAUGUCUCUCUCGAGUUUGGCGUUCCCUUCAUGGAGACCAGUGCUAAAUCAGGCCUGAAUGUGGAGUUGGCCUUCACUGCUGUGGCCAAGGAACUGAAGCACAGGGAGAUGAAGGAGCCUAACGAG